AAAAGCGGUUUACGGCAGCCGUGUAUAUGUGCGCCGCUUGUUGUUAGCCGCGCAGCUAAGUGCAUGCUCGUGUUGUAUUUUUUAACCUCAACAUAACGGUGACAGGGUUGAGUCUUCCAACCGGGACAAAUGGAUGUUGGAGAGCUCCUGAACUAUCAGCCUGAUAGAGGAGCAAAGCGUCCCAGGCAGGGCGAUGGCGGAGCAGCGGGAGGCGACGAGGAGUCCAGAGGAGGGAAGCAGCAGAAAGGACAGGGUGUCAGGGAGUCGGCCAGAUACCGGGACGUCGCUGCCGGAGUUGGAAUCGAAGGAGGGUUUGAGAUGAGGAACACAGAAGAGCAGACUGGGGACAGGAAGAAGAUCCUGGAGAAACUGAUGGACCGGGAUGAAGAGGAGCCUGAGGCAGAGCUGGUGGAUGAGAGUUCAAUGAAGAAAAUGAUCCUGACCUUUGAGAAAAGAUCGUACAAAAAUCAGGAGCUGAGGAUUAAGUUUCCGGACAAUCCCGAGAAGUUCAUGGAGUCGGAGCUGGAUUUGAACGACAUCAUCCAGGAAAUGCACGUGAUCGCCACGAUGCCAGAUCUCUACCACCUGCUGGUGGAGCUUAAUUCCGUCCACUCGCUGUUGGGCCUCCUCAGUCACGAAAACACUGAUGUCGCCAUAGCUGUGGUGGACUUGCUGCAGGAGCUGACGGACAUCGACACGCUCAACGAGAGCGAGGAGGGGGCUGAGGUGCUCAUAGAUGCUCUGCUGGAGGGGCAGGUGGUGGCCUUGCUGGUGCAGAACAUGGAGCGACUGGACGAACAGGUGAAAGAGGAGGCUGACGGUAUCUACAACACACUGGCUAUCGUAGAAAAUAUGGCCGAGUUCAGACCAGGCCUGUGUGCCGAGGCCGCCCAGCAGGGACUCAUGCAGUGGCUGCUCAAGAGAAUUAAGGCAAAGAUACCGUUCGAUGGGAACAAGCUGUACUGCAGUGAAAUCCUGGCCAUCUUGCUUCAAAACAAUGACAAUACCAGAGAACUACUGGGUGAGAUGGAUGGCAUUGAUGUGCUGCUGCAGCAGCUAUCUGUGUUUAAACGUCACAAUCCGUCCACAGCCGAGGAGCAGGAGAUGAUGGAGAACCUCUUUGACGCUCUGUGCUCCUGCCUCAUGCUGCCCUCCAACCGGGACCGCUUCCUCAGAGGGGAGGGGCUGCAACUAAUGAACCUCAUGCUAAGAGAAAAGAAGAUGUCUCGAACCAGCGCCCUGAAGGUCCUGGACCAUGGGAUGAUCGGACCAGAGGGAGCAGAUAACUGCCACAAGUUUGUGGACAUCCUGGGCUUGCGAACCAUCUUCCCGCUUUUCAUGAAAACCCCCAAGAAGAUGAAGAAAACUGGAGCUUCGGAGAAGGAGCAUGAAGAACACGUCUGCUCCAUCAUCGCCUCCAUGCUGAGAAAUCUCAAGUCCCAACAGCGAAGCAGACUCCUCACUAAGUUCACAGAGAAUGACUGUGAGAAGGUUGAUCGACUGAUGGAGUUGCAUUUCAAAUACCUGGAAGCUGUUCAACAGGCUGACAAGAGGAUCGAAGGAGAGAAACAUGAGAUGGUUCGUCGCGGGGAGAUCCUGGAUGACGGCAUGGAGGAUGAGUUCUACCUUCGCCGCCUGGAUGCAGGACUGUUCGUCCUUCAGUUGAUCUGCUACAUUAUGGUGGAGAUCAGCAACUCUGGGAUUUCACAGCUGCAGCAGAGAGUCCAUCAAAUUCUCAACCUUAGAGGAGGCUCCGUCAAAGUAGUGCGCCACACAAUGAGAGAGUACGCGGAGAGCAUCGGCGAUGGGAAGAGCGACGAGUUCAAAGAGGCCGAGCGGAAGAGGAUCAUGGACCUCGUGGACAACUUCUAAGCUCACCUCUCUCUCUCUCUCCCUCUCUCUCUCUCAAACACAAACCGAUCUGUUCUCACGCUGAAACCCCCUCAGGUUCUGAUUCGGGAUGGGUGGUGACAGUGAGCUUGAGCCAGUGGCCUGAUUUUUUUACUUUCACAAACUGUAACUAAAGUCGCUGCAGAGGACGUUUACGUGCACAGAAAUGCCACGAACGAUUGUUUUGUUAUUUACUUAUUUUUCUGUCGGUUUUUUUUAAUAUUUUAAAGAAAUAAUCGAUUGCCUUGUCUCAAUAUUUUCAGAUCCACUGUGGAGGAAUAAAGAACAAGACACUCAAAUAAUCAAAGAAACUAAAUGUCGGAUGCUUUAAUAAUGAAUUAAGUCUUAUUCAUCCAACACACACAAUGUGCUUUUGGUCAAAAUUCUAAGAGACUGUGCACCACCGAGUUCAGAUUGACUGAAACACAAAGUUUAAACACAAGAAGUUCUCCGAGCGGCAGUUUUCCGUACUCUGGAUAAUGUGGACAGGCUUUUUUUCUCUCCUGCUCCACCUGGCGUGUUUGUUUUGGAUUUUGUGUGUAAAGAAAAUAUUUUCUAAUAACACAUUUGGUGGCGAAAUCUC